AUUGAACUUCAAUUUUUUGACUGCGUCAUACUCCACUUGCUCUGAUCAAGCCACACGACAUCAUGCGAGCACUCCUGCCUGUCGCGACUGCGGUCUUUGCCCUCACCUCCGUUGUGCAAGGCCUGUUCGGUGCGAAGGGGAAGGCCAACGCGAUAGCCGAUGCCCAGAUCCACCUCUAUUCCUUCGUAUCUCGCGACUGCACCGGAGAACCCUACACAAGCCCGUACGAGAUGAAGCAAGGCGAAUGCGUCAACUUCCACGAGGCACACAGCCUCAAGCCGAGGUUUCGCUUUGAUCACGCAGAUUGGGUCAAGGAGGUCAACGAGCUUCGAGUGAACUGCAAGCUCGAGACGUUCUCAGCUUACAAUUGCCUUGAACCCAACAGGACUGUCAGGUAUCGAUCGGAUCGCAGCGGUCAUCUGCCCAAGAACUUCAACAGCUGCCUGGUCUCACGCCAUCAGAAGGAUCACCACGACAGCCCCGAGAGCUCCGAUGACGAAUACUCCCGUGAGCACCCCUUCUACUCCGCCAGGUUCGUCUGCGGCAAACUCGAGAACCCUGAGCACCUCUGCACCAGCACCAUCGAGCACACGUCCUGGUCUAUCGACUCGACGUACGGCGCGCCACACUUUGCGGUACACACCGCAACCUACACCGGCUCCCUUUCUGCCACCACUCACGUCGCCGCUCGAAGUGCCGCCGUGGAGCGCUUCAAGCCACACCGCGAGACCAAGGGCGUUUGGAUGCUACACCCCUGGAGCCAGUCAGUAGUUUGUUACUCCUGCUACCCCAAGAAGGAUCACGACUACCGUAAAAUCGAAUGCCGCCACGGCGACGACUAUCCUGCCGACUGUGGAGCUGCCCCUGUGGUGCACAGACCCACAACCACCACAACCACCUCCACAACAACAGCCACGACCACGACCCAUAGCACCAAGAAGGCGACAGCGUACACGGUGUCACAAUACGCUGACUACCUCCACACUUCGUCGUCAGACUCGGAGUCUGAUCAAGAGUUCGCACACCUGGACAUUGAGCUUUCGCAGAAGAAGUCCUGGCACACACCCGUCAAGUUCGGUCACCCUUUCAUUGUUGGUAAGUACGCCUGCGCGGACGCCGAGUGGGAAAAGCGAGGUCAGAAGGGCAAGGAAUAUAUCAAGAUUCAGCACGUCCACAUCUGCGACCACAAGGAUCGACUUGAUUCGCAGUGGAUUGGUCUGCCAGAGACCGUUGUUCACACCACGCACAAGACGAAGACCUCCACAAGCACGAUCCAGCACACCUCGACAUCGACCUCGACCUUGACCAUUCGACACGAUCAGUUGUGAGGUCGCGUCAGUAAGCUUGCAGAGGCCGUAGGAUAGCUGAAUACCUCCUGGGUUCGGAUUUUGUGAAGGAUUUGUAAGGUGGUUCCAAGGUACUGUUAUCGCGGCAUGACUUGUUUUAGUAGCGUUAGUGUAGAUAGUCUAAUCGAACAUCAAUGUUGGGC